AUGUAUUUUACAGAAUAUUUGCCUAGACUAAGAUCUAUAUCUGUGAUUAUUGAAACAAAAUGCACGAUUAAUGAUUUGAUAAAUAUAAAACUAAACAGUAAAAAUCAACUCUUAAUUAAAUUUCACGAUUAUGAAACAUUAGUAAAUUUGCCAGUACAAGUAAAGAAUGAUGGUAAUAUACGAAUAGCAAACGCACAUAAAAUAGAAGAUUGCUUACAAUUAACAAUCUCCUUGACAACUUAUGAUUCUAUUGAAAUUUCGGAAAAGACUGAAUCUUUCAUGAAUUUUUCGUCAUCAAACUUGGUUCAAAAAUGGUCCUGUAAAGAUUUGAAAGCUAAAACUCCACAAACUAACAAUAAGAAUAAUUUUAAAUUUACAUGUUUACACUGUUCCCAUGAGAUAAUUGAUUCUCAAGAGUAUAAUAGAUUUUUAGAUAUGCCGUCUGAAUUAUGGUCAGAAAUGAUGGAGUUCUGGCAUUGUCAUAAACCAGCCGGUGAGCAUGAUCAUCAAGAUUCCCACCGAAAUUAUAAUGGCAGCCUCAAGCCUGGGGAUACAGAUGUUAUAAUUGGGAGUUAUUAUUUAUUGAUAAGCAGAUGUGCACAGGUUGAAAUUUCCAACCAAGACAUAAAAUGUGUAUCCUGCAAGCAUAAUUUGGGAAUUUUGGACAAUUCGAUAAUGAAGGUCUUUAAAUGGAACUUAGCAUUGAAAUAUCACAAUAACAUAGAGACGUUCCCCUCUUACAUUUACGUUUAUAACUUAAUUGUCGAUAAGAUAAAUUUAUCUGCCAUUAGAAAAUUUAACAUUACAUCUGAAUCGAGACAAGACAAUAUUUUCAUAUGGAUAAUGAAUAUUGGCGUUGAUGUAUCCACGGAAAACUUCGUCUUAAAUAAUUCUUUAAAGGUAUUCUACUAUCAUGAUGAUAUCAAAGGCAUUUCGAAUGAAGAUGAAAGUAUAGAAUCUCUAGUUUUACAGGAUGAUGUAUUUAAUGACUUUCUAAAAGAGUUAUCUAAAAUAAAUAGUUUCAUACCGAACUUAAAGAAAAAAAUGACUUUGAAAGUUGAUGAAGAAUUAAGGAUCUUUAAUGUAAGUUUUAUAGCAGGUUUAUAA